AUGACCGAAUCUGCCAUGAAUUCGUCCUCUUACGACCAUGAAAACUCAUCGAUGCUUCAGGAGGAUCAAGUUAAAAAGCACAGAGAACCAAUGACCGCUGCUUAUAGUUGCAAAAACAAAAAGAAGAAUAUUGUUUCACUGAUUGAAGAUGAUGGUGGCGAUGCUCCGAUUGUAGAUCUUGUUCCUACAGAGGAAUAUAAGAGAGACAUGAUCGGAAAAGACAAUAAUAACUUUUCAAUUGUAGAUGUUGUUUCCACAGAGGAAACCGAAAUGAACAUGGAAUUAGCAGUGGGCUGUGAAUUCUGUGUGACUGGUUAUCAUAAGGAGAUACCCUUGGAUGUGCUAAUGGGGGAAGUAGAGACUACGCACAAUUACAUUAAUGAAUCAUUAGCUGAUAAGUUAGGUUGUGAGACAGUUCCAAUCCAGCCUCAAAUUGUUCGCUCAGAUUUGGGGGAAAUGGUGACCUCCAGACUAUGCAACAACUUUCAAUUGUCAAUGGAAGGCAUUGUGUUUAAUUUGAAAGUAUAUCUACUUCCACUUCCGUUGAAAUAUGACAUGAUUUUAGGAGGGGAAUGGCUAGGGGCCCUUGAGAAAAUUGUAAUUAGCUAUGCUGGUAUAGAGUUGUACUUACUAGAAGGAGAGAAGAAAUUCAUACCUUUCAAAAAGCCGUUAGAGGGCGAAGACGCAAGCGUUUCUAAAUGA